UUCAUGGCUACGGCUCUAGCGCCAUUUGCGUCUACGAAAGAGACUACCAACUAUGCAAGGCUAUGCCGCCUCCUGGUUGAUGUUGGAUCCCAAGUGCUGCGGUCCACUUUUGAUAAUAUACAUCCACCAGCGACUCUACAGACAGUUUUGGGAAGUACAUCUGUGCAUCACGCCACAUUACAAUCACUGUAUAGAGGGAGGAACAAAGUGCUCAAUCCCACGCAAUGGGGGAAGCUGUAUCCUACUCACUCACCCGUGUCCUCUGCAACCUUCGACAUCACACUUCUAACGGUGCUGCUUAGAAACAUCUGUGGUUUGAGCCCUCCUGCCACAGGAUGGGAUCGCCUUCCCCCAGCUGCAAACAUAAGCAUCGCAGAUGACAUCGUCAGAGUGCGGUUUUACAGAAACACCGUAUACGGCCAUGCCUCUCAAGCUUCUGUGGAUGACAUAAACUUCGGUUCUUAUUGGCAGGAAAUACGAGAAGCAUUGGUGAGACUGGGAGGAGCUCACUUUCGAGAAGAUAUCGACAAUCUUGAGUACGACUGCAUGGAUCCGGAUAUCGAAGAGCAUUAUCGUGAGCUGAUGAAACAGUGGAAGAAAGACGACGAAAAUAUCAAAGCCAAACUUGAAGAAAUUGAAGGUAAGAAAAAUGUUUUCUGGUGCCCUAUGGAUGAAACAAAAGGUUACAGAAAAAUGUACUUUCAGUUUACACGGCAGGGUUAAGGCUAGCUCCGCGUAUAUUCAUUCGGUUUAAUCAUGUAAGCUGGACGUUUAAUUUAUUAUUAGCAUGGAAUAGUAGCACAUAGUGCC